AUGGAUAACGCCUCUGCUCGUGAAGCCGCUCCUGACUCCACCUUGCGUUGCCUCUUUCCAGUUGCUGAGCAACAUGGUCAAGCCCUGGCUUGCCGCACAGAACGCGACUACCAUCUCCACUAUGCUCUCGCCGAGAUCACUUUUCACCCUGGCGUCGUGGUCUCGUUGAUGACAACAUGUUCGCGCUUAUACUAUGCAGUCCGGGCCCUCCUUCGUGAUCGUGGACUACAGUACACAUUUUAUGUGGACCGCGGACUUCAACGCUGGAUCUUCGUUCCCUCCAGCUACAAGGAGUUGGGCCUGAUCCGACUCGGGCAUGUUCACCUUCCGCAGCCGUUUUGCACCUGCGGCCCCUUUCCGUGGGCUCCUUGUCACGGUCUUUCCGGGACGAUCGCGCACACAGCCGGGCUUCACCUCCUCGGUCCCGACGACACCGGAGCCGAACCCCGGCCCUGCAUACACCAGAGCAUCAUCGCCGCAACCGCAGUGAUACUUCGACCACACAUCUUCGGCACCGAGAUCCCAGGGACGACUCUCCUCCACGUCGUCGCCUACAGUACUCCUCACCACGCCCAUCGGCUCGACGACAUCGUCCCCCUCAAGAUCCAGACCGCCGUCUGCAACACUCCGACAGCCGUGUGCAUUCCGCUCAUCCGCUUUAUGAUGAUCACUCCCGUGUUCCUUCCACCGGUGCACCCCCUGCUCGACGUGAACCUCGCCGUGAUCGUCGAGACAAUCCUCCCGCUCGAGAUCAUCGCUUGCUUCAGGUUGCCUCGACCAUCAAUGAUCUCUUACCCCACGGUGAAGCUGCCGCAAGGACGACCGGGACUCCUUGACCAAAUUCAACGAUUGCAACAGGAGAACGACCAGCUUCGGACGCUCGCUGCCGGCACGGGCGCUGAAACCCUGCCUCAUCCACUUGCGGAGCCCAACCCACCGCCAGACGCUGCCACCAGGCUCCGCGACUCCUUCGCAAAGUUUGAGAAACUUGAUCGCCGUGCUGUUCUUGAGUCCUAUCCGCCCAAAACCGCUUCUACCACCGACAUGAAGAAAUGGCUUGACAGUCUCCUGAAACUCCACCACGAAUCCUACACGACGAAGCUCACCGAGCUGCAGGGCAUCUUACGCGAGGCUGCCUCGGGCGUCCUCCCGCCCCUCGACAAAACUCUUGUGGAUUGGGGGUUGUCCGUCACCCUGGCUUCCAAGUUGUCGGAGGCCAAUCAGCAAAAAUUACUGGCGAUGACCGCGGUUCUCGCCACCUUCAAGCCGGCAGCCGCCCCGCCACACCCCGAUGAUGUCAAGAUCCGUGACCGCCUGGCCGAACUCAUCGACCGCCACACUAAUCUGUUCUACGGGUUCUUCCGCAUCGGGGACAACUAUUAUCAUGGUUUAUUUGUGCUGACCUUCGACAUCGGCGUCAUUGCGGCACUCUCUGCCACCAACCGACAUCUCAACGAUGCACUCGCCAUCUACCUCCUUGCUCGCUCCAUGACCACAGUGGCACUUCUACCCGCUCAUCGUUCUGAACCUCCCAGCCUUCUUCGACGACGUCUUCCACUUGGAUCGGAGUUCUCGAGCAUCGUACGGUUUUCAUCUUUGACCUACCGGUUGGGCAUUCCUUCCUACUUGACUGCGUUCGAUUGCACAGAGCCGUAUCAGUCUUAUUGCUUAUUGCUUAUUCACAUCCUCGACACGCCGAUGGCGAACUUCGUGCCGGAGACGUUGCUGGACUUGCCCACUACUGCCGAGUACCGCGAAUGGGUGACCGUGGCCAGGGAGUCCCGCCGUGAUCGCGCUGCACUGCCUCCCUCGAUUACCGUUGUCUCGUCAUCGUCCGGAGUUGCGCCCAUUUCUCUCGCCUUCACCGACGUCCCGGUCAACUUUUGGCUAUCUCCGUUCCUGCUCCUGCGUGGCUGGCUCGUGCCACAAUCACAAGCUGCACCUCGACCACACAUCUACCACAUCAUGAACGAGGUCAUGGCGGAGGCAGCCAACAUGUUCCAUGAAGUCGUACAGAUCGCUGAUAACUCUUACCACGGCCUCUUCGAGAUCGUGCUCGACUUGUACGUCACAACCCAACUUCUUCGGGUCAGUCGCAUGAUGAACUACGAGGUCAUCCAUUUCUUGCAUGGCCGCAACAUUACACACUUCAUUACCCGAGAUGUUCAUCAACCACGACCUUCUCAACUACUACCGGGUGAACCUGCCCCUCGUAUGCGCGGACCAUUCCUUCCUCCGCGCGCGCUGCCAAUCGGCACCGCCUUCGCUGACGUGGUACGGUUCUCUGAUGCCGUGUUGACGUUGAUGAUCCCUCACGAGCUCCAUACGUGGGAGGCCAUGGAGCUGUUGCAAACCCAGAUACGGUGCCUACGAGCCCGCUCCUACUUGCUGCUGGGACAAUGCCUUCACUACCACCGGCGCGUGUUUGCCUCAACCGCUUCCGCUGCCGCAUCGGAUCCGUGA